UUUAAAUAAAAAAGUUGGUUCAUUAUGAAGCAACAUAAACGCUCAAGAUCUAAUUUUUUGUUUCUUUUACUUCUUUAUUUAAAAAGUUCAACAGCUCAGAUAUUCCUCACAAAUGAGGAAAUUGUCAUAACUAAGGGCAAUCUUCUUGGAACAUUAACAAUGCCUAUGGAAUACGAAGUAUCUUUUGAACUUUAUUUAAACUCAAUUAUAAGCACAGUUGCAAACGUAAUUCACAUUACAACUGGAGCUAAUUGUUGCCCUUACGGAUCUAGAAUAGCAACUUUAUCUUUUAAUAAUAACCUAAUGGCACAAGUUAUUGCCCCGGUAAAUGGAAAUGGCAAUUACUUAUUUUACUCAAAACCACUUACACUCCGGAAAUGGACAAAAGUUACAAUUAAACAGUAUUUGAGUGCUGAAAAAUACUUUUAUACUGUUGAAAUUGAUGGGGAGACUUCUCAUUUAGCAGAAAAUACCAGUCCACGGGUGUUUCAAAAUGUUAAACUAUUUGUCAGUGAUCCAUGGUAUGAGGCACAACCGGGAUACAUUAGAAACUUGUUUAUACAAUGUCAAAAUAUAGCAAAUCUCUGUGGAUUAAUAACUACAAUGUCUGCUAAGCAAAACCAAAAUGAAAUAAAUCUUCGUGUAAACAUGAAAACAGACUGUGCAUGUUCCAUUCAAAAUAUAAGCUUUUAUCUUCAACCAGAAUCAAAGUUAAUAUUUAAAAGUUAUUUUUGGGAUGGAGAUUAUAGUUUUAAUGAUAUCAUUAAUCAGAUUGGAAAAUUCUCUGUAAUUAAGGUGAACAAUCUUUUGAUAACUUCUUAUGUUACCUUCUCAGCUGUAUUUUUUUAUGGUAAUAUUCCAAAUAAAAACUCAAAUGUGUCGAUCAUAGCUCACUCUAAUUGGAUUUAUAGUGAUAAAGAUACUGUAUUUAAAGUUAUUCAGGAAAGGAUCUCAGUUUUAUUUGAAAGAGUACUUAUAAAAAUGCAGCCAUCAUUUUUUUAUAAAGAACAGAAUGAAACAUUUUUACAGACGGAGAAAUUUCUGUUUGUUUGUGGAUCAAUGCUCAAAAGACAACAAAGUCAUUGUUAUCAACGUGAAAUAUCUACUGGAAUAAUUGUGUUUCUGCCAAUUAACGUGCUAGAUGUGAUAGGAUACGAUUCGAACACCACAUUUAUUUAUGGACGUACGCAUAGAAAUAAUAUAAUUGAGAUGGAACUAAUUAAGAAAAAACCUAUGAUUAUAACAGAAGAAAAAUGUUCUCGAAUAUCAGCGUGUAAACCAUUUCUUAAUGGAAAACAAUAAUGCUACGAUAAAUAACGCUCCUACACACGCGCACAACUUUCUUCAAAAUAUAAUUUUAUCUUUAAUUUGCCUAAUGGUAGUAAUAAUAAAUGCUAUGAUACAUUUCAAUUCAAAUAUAACGUUUGCUUAGAGAUUGAGUUCUGAAAAACGUUUGAUUUUAUUGAUAUUAAAAAAAUAGAAAAAUUGUUGAUCGCCUUAUUAGAUGAUUUAAAUUGAAAAAUAUUUAGUUCUGCAUUUUUUUUAUGACACCUGAAGCAAAAAGGAUUUGAGAAAAAAUAUUUGUCUGUUUUAUUUUGUGUAUAUUUUCUCUGCUUUAGUAUUUUCAAAAAUAAAUUGAGAGCUUUUAUAGUAACGUUUAACCACCUUUAAAUCUAAAUUGUAUUACUUGUUAGACAUUUUUUUAAAAUUUAACUGUAAUUAUA